GGGGCGGCUCCAGCCGGGGAAGGCGCUGGAGGCUCCGGCAGCCGCGGGGAAGUUUGCGCGGGGGCCGCCGAUGCCGACCCCAGGUUGCUGUCUAAAAGAAAGGAUACUGAAGAAGAUACAGCUCAACUGAAAACCUGUGUAAAGCAAAUCGUGCAGUCUUCUGAAAGCAGCUGAAAUGCAGCCCUCUGAUAGGGUCAUGAAUCUAAGACAAGUUUUUGUGUCUGUACUGGUGUUUGGAGUUGCUGGUAUACUCCUCUUCAUGUACUUGCAGGCUUGGAUUGAAGAACAGCAUACAGUGUGUGGAGAAAAAUUACAACAGCAUAUAAUUAAUCAGGAUUUCAAGUAUCAGCAUCCAGAGGAUCUUACCACAGCACCCAAAAAACAGAAUGCUUCUGCCAACCAAUACAAGCGAAAGACAGCCAUCACAGAGGGCAGCCAGUUCCCUGAACAACAGAAAAUGACCAGAUUGGUUUUUAACCCCUUUAAGAAGGCAUAUUUACCACUACUAGUCCGACCUUUAAACAAGAGUUUGAUCAAAGAUGACAGAUGGAAAGAUGCAGAUGAGGCUCAAGAGAAACGUCGAUCUUUUCUUAUCAACUUCUGUAAAAAAUACAACAGUGAGAACAGACUCAGGACCCAUCUUGUGCGUAUGGUAUCUAGAAUAUACGUGGAAGAUAGACACAAAAUCUUAUACUGUGAAGUACCUAAAGCAGGCUGUUCCAACUGGAAAAGGAUUCUGAUGGUGCUUAAUGGACUUGCUUCUUCAACGUACAAUAUUUCACAUGAUGCUGUGCACUAUGGGAAACAUCUAAAGAAACUAGACAGUUAUGACUUGAAAGGGAUAUACACACGCUUAAAUACCUACACCAAGAUUAUCUUUGUACGUGAUCCCAUGGAAAGAUUGGUGUCUGCAUUCAGGGAUAAAUUUGAACACCCCAACAGCUACUACCACCCAGUAUUUGGCAAGGCAAUUAUUAAGAAAUAUAGAGUUAAUGCACAUGAAGAGGCAUUGAAAACAGGAUCAGGAGUUAAGUUCAAAGAAUUUAUCCAGUAUUUGUUAGAUUCCCAUCGCCCAGUAGGAAUGGACAUUCAUUGGGAGCAGAUAUGUAAGCUCUGCUAUCCGUGCCUCAUCAACUAUGACUUCAUAGGAAAAUUUGAAACUCUAGAGGAAGAUGCCAAUUACCUUUUGCAGCUGAUAGGUGCCCCAGCAGAGUUGAAGUUUCCUCAUUUCAAAGACAGACAUUCUUCUGAUGAGAGAACAAGUGCAGAAGUUGUGAGACAGUACUUCAAGGAGCUGUCUAGUACAGAAAGACAGCUGACCUAUGAAUUUUAUUACUUAGAUUAUAUAAUGUUUAAUUAUACAGCACCAUUUGUAUAGCACAGAAUGAUUUCAAAAUUCUAACAGACAUUUAAUGAUUUUGGCCUCAAACCAAGUACUGAAAUAAGGCUCUGAGUGGGAGAAAAGAAACUGCUAAGUGGUGUUACUUUGACAGUCUAGAUUUCAUAAACUGAAGUGACUCCAACUGAGGUAAAAUUAAGGAGGAAGGGCACAAAAUAGACCUUGUAAACAAUUUAAAUUGCACUAACAUGCCUGGAAAAAAGCUGCUUUUAACAUUACAGGUAAUGUUAUGGAAGCAAUAGUACAGCUAGCUGUUGCACGUAAUGUUCCUGUAAUGGUAUGAAAAACAUUCAAAGAAGCAUGUUUCUUUUUAGGGGGUUUUUUUUGUCUCUUUAGAAAUGAUGUGUCAAAAGUAUUUUGAAUGUAUUUUUUACUGUGUGUGAUAUAUUAAUAAAAAGCAUUGGCUAAUUUUCUAAGAC